UUUCAGCUCUUUACUCUUUGUGAGGUCUUUAAUAGACCAAUCAGCGCGAAGGGGGUGGAGUCUGCAGCAAAUUAAGCAGUGAGCUGCGGAUGAGAGCAUCAGAGAGAAAGCUUGUGUAAGCAGCCAUCCGUCCCGCUCUACCUUAACACCUUUAUCGCUCUGCGCCAACAAUGUCAAUCCCAGACAUUUCGUUCCCGCUCCUCCUCCUCUCCAUCCUGUUGCUGGGCUACGGUUGCCGGGCGGCGGACAUUCCAGAGGACACUACAUCGGAGUUCUCGGUCAGACUGUACCAUCGGCUGCAGGUGGCAGGGGGUCAGGAGAACAUCAUCUUUUCUCCGCUGAGCGUGGCCGUCGCCCUCGGCAUGGUGGAGCUGGGAGCCAGAGGGACGUCUCUAGACGAGAUCCGACAGACGGUGGGAUUCAGCCACCUGCUGCCAGGUGUGGAGUUUUCUUUGCUCCAGAACCUGACCGAGGCACUUUCCGAUGACGAUGCCCACCACGUGAUCCGGUUGGCCAACAGUCUCUUCCUGCAGGAGGACGCCAGCUUUAACCCCGAGUUUCUGCAUCUGAUCAAGAAAUUCUUCCGAGCGCAGGUGGAAACGGUGGACUUCAGCGACUCGGCGGCGGUUGCCGAGCGGAUUAACAGCUGGGUGGAGAAUCAUACGGAGAGUAAGAUCUGUGCUCUGCUGUCCGCGGAGGACUUCACCAGCGUGAUCCGCUUGACUCUAGUGAACGCCGUCUACUUCCGAGGUUCUUGGAAAAAUCAAUUCAGGCCAGAGAAUACCAGGACCUUUUCCUUCAGCAGAGACGAUGGCUCUGAGGUUCAGACCCUCAUGAUGUAUCAGCAGGGAGACUUCUACUACGGCGAGUUUAGUGACGGGUCCCAGGAGGCCGGUGGCGUGUACCAAGUGUUAGAGAUGCCAUAUGAGGGAGAGGAUAUGUCCAUGAUGAUCGUGCUGCCUCGGCAGGAGGUGCCUCUGUCUUCUCUGGAGCCCAUCAUCAAAGCGCCCCUCCUGGAGGAGUGGGCCAACAAUGUCAAACGGCAGAAGGUGGAAGUAUAUCUGCCAAGGUUCAAGGUGGAGCAGAAGCUUGACCUGAGGAGCACUCUGCAGGAGCUGGGAAUUCAAAAAAUAUUCACCAGCGAUGCGGAUCUCUCCGCCAUGACAGAUGGUAAGGAUCUGUACAUUGGGAAGGCAGUGCAGAAGGCUUACCUGGAGGUGACGGAGGAGGGGGCAGAGGGAGCCGUUGGAUCUGGAAUGAUUGCCCUGACCAGGACUCUGGUGCUGUACCCACAGGUCAUGGCAGAUCACCCAUUCUUCUUUGUCGUCAGAAACAGAAGGACAGGAUCCAUCCUCUUCAUGGGCCGGGUCAUGACCCCCGAAGUCAUCGAGCUCAAUGACCAAGACUUUGACUCCAUGUGAAUGCAACUUCAAGCCUGUCGGUCUUAAAAAAUCUAAUCCUCACCUCAUAAAAGCUACCUGUUCUUUCA